GCCAUGUAGAAACUGAGCGUUUGUAAAUAUUAUUGUUAUCGAGAAUGUGUCAGUGGAAGAAAAUUAGUGUACUGUUUGUGUAUUGUGAAUGUCAGUCCGUAUAAUGGAUUCUAUGGAGUCUGUUGUGAUGUAAAUCCUGAAUAGUUGUAUUGCCUUGCAGUAACGAGGAAUUUGACAAAAUUCAUAACCUUCGGUGACAUUUGCGCUGUAGCUCCUCACUACAUGUUUCGAUGGAUGCAAUGUGCGAGGAAAUAGACGCUCUUAUUUCCGAAAACAACGCAUUGGUUUCUCAAACAAAAUCUGUAUUGAGAAAACAUUUCCAAAGAUGAAACACAGUGCCAUGGAUGUUGCUGCUGCAGGCAGAUGACCUCAAUACGAGGUCACCGAGAUUGCACCCAUUGGAAUGGAAGAACGGCAGCCUAUGACACCCACCACUCUGCUUGCAGCAACACAUCAAGGUGCUGUUGAUGCCACACGCACUCACAGGGAGAUCAAUGCUUAUGCCAAGUUAGAUCAAAUAUUGGAAUCUAUUAAUCUGAAUAAGGAUGAUGAUGUGAGGCCUGAAUAGACCACUCACACAGAUGGGGAUGUUACUACCAAGCUGGGAAAAAUAUAGCCAUGUUAUUACUGAACAGCAGGAAAUAAACUUGAAAUUAAAUGGUUUCCUAUGUUUGCUGGACAGAUUAAAGGUCCACGAGAGAACCCAGAAUAAGAAAGAAGUAACUAAAGAAUACCUUGACUUAAAGUUAGGGGUGAUGUGCAAUAUCUUGUGGCUAUGCUGGACAUACAACAAAUUUUACGAACUGUAUGAUUCUGUUCUUUUGACCAAAAUUGAUGAAAAUUUGAAGAUGGUAUUGUUGUCUAGCAUAGGGAUGCUUGGUGAGAUUAAAGUAUGGCCUGACGCUUUAAAUGGAAUAAAUACAUUUAUUAUCAGUUACAUGGAACUUGUUCUGGAGAAAAUAUUGUCAUUACCAGUCAUUCAUGCCAGGAAGGUACUGCAACUGUGCAUACUAAGUGUUUUGUAUAUUUUGAAAUUUGAUCCAGGAGAUGAUCUAUUAGAAAAAUGCAUUAAUUUGGUUACUACUUCAUGGAACAUAUCAAAAAAACUUUCAGAAAAAGCUCAUUGUUCAUUGGGGUCUGAUCCCAAGGAGACAAAGGUAAUUGGGACCGAUGACAAGAAGAAACUACCUAUUUCACAAUUUGAUUUUCUCCAGUGUGCUGCUCAUCACCAGAGUUUCUGUACAGUUUUAAGUGAGACCUUACAAGUCCUACGGAACUUGUGUUGCACUAAACUGAAAAACAGAGAGAAUGCUGUGGCCUUCUUAACAUUGCCUGUUGAAAAUAUGACUUAUUUCCACUACAUCAAUUUAUAUGUAAGAGCAUUUGCAUUUAUCUGCCAGGCAGAACUGAAGCAGAGUUCAGUUCAGUUAUGGGCCAUUACCCAGUUGAAUUUAGAUGAUUGCCAGAAAGCGGCAGUUCACAUCCUGCAUGGCUACUACUUACAGAACAGUGGAUUUUACUCAUCUGCCCAUAAGCAAUAUGUCAAAUCAAUAGAAAGUACCUGGAUGAUGAUAGCUCUUCAACUUCUCUGUUCUAAUUACAGUUUUCUCAUAACAGAAAUUAAAGACAAGAUUGGAAGCAGCCCCUCAGGAUUCUUAGAUUGUUACAUUCAACUGUUAAAAACAUCAAAAAGUGCUUUGCGUGGAAGUUGGAUAAGUUCAACGAAACAUAAUGUGAACUUUGAAUUCACAGUUAUCAGUUAUUUGUAUGCAGAUCCGAAGUUUUCAGAGUAUUCCCUACAGUAUGAUUUGGCCAGGGCCUACACAAAGUGUCAGAAUUAUCUGUCUGCAUCGGAAGAGUACAUGUCAUUGCUUGGAAGUAUCUUGACAAAGGAUUAUAAUGCCAGUGGACUCUCACAGAAACAAGAUAUUUUUACAAAUAUUCGUUUGAUCAUCCAUGAUGCAAUAUUAGUGCAUAUUAAGAGUUCACAGUUGGAGACUGCCCUCUUAUUAUGCAGGCUGUGCACAGAUCAGAAAUCGGUCCCUGCCACAAGAGUAGAAUCUGCAGAAGCUUUUAUAUUGCAUAUGAAAGAUGAUGUCAUUGCAAUGAUGCUGACUGCUGAAGUCUACAUGGUUAUGGGGAAAACUAAUGAAGCGAAGGACAUCUUGAUGAGGUCCAUGGAGGCUGUAGUUGGAUGCAUACUGAAUCUAACGAGCAGUAGAGAUGCAGAUUGUUAUAAACUGAAAGCAACUGAACUUCUUAAUGGAUUAUUAGCAAAAGUUUAUCUACAGAUUGCUGAAUGUUAUUUACAAAAUCAUUUGAUGAUAGAAGCUUCUUGUUUUCUACAGCGAUCACUGGAAAUAAAACCAGGGCAUCCAGAGGCUGUUAUGCUGUAUCAAAAAAUGCAAACUGGAUCUGUGGGUCAUGUUUCCCACCCAGUGAGUGGUUCAGAGGAAAGCAUGAAUCUUCUGCCAGAAGACUGCAAGAGUACAGCUUUAAUGUAUCUUCUCAAAGGAAAGCAUUACUCAAAAAUUUUUUGAAGUUAUGAUUCUUGGUACAGGACAUUUUUAUCACCAUCUUUCAGUACCCUGAGUAAACAUGUCAUUAUUUUGAAUGUCCUGAAAUUUCUUGUCUGUAAUUGUAAUCUGACAAAAAUGAAUGAAAAAACCGAAAUUUGCCUGCUCAUAUAGAGACUUGAGUUUAUUGCAGGACUAUGAAAUUGUAUCAAGGCUAUAGAGUGAUACAGACUGAAUUAUGUACUGCAUGAAAUACAGAUAAUGCUCAGAUUUUAAAGUAUAUCCUAAAUAUGCAUGUGUAAGUUAUGGGCAAUGUCCAUUUUGAAGACUACAAUUUUUAAAUGUGUGUCACAUAUGAAAUUAUGAAGUCUUGUACUGUGACCCUGUGUUAUGAGUAAGUUGUAUCAAAUUAGAGUUGUAUGACUCAGUUGUGCCUGUAAUUGGAAAGAUUUGUCUCCAGCAGAGUCCAGACCUUCCUUGUGCUGACAUUAGGAUAUGUAUUGUGUAUUUUUUACAAUUUUUGAAAGUUUAGGUGUUCUGUGUAUGGCUUAAUUCACACAAAAUGAAAAAUUGUGACCUACAUUUGGGUAUUCCACAAAAUUUGGCAAUAUUAUCUUGUUUUGUAUUGUACAGGAUGGGAGGAGUCAGGCUGAAGAGCAGACUGUUCAGUAAUUAUCUAUGUGCAUCUCAUUUUUAGGGGUGCAUAGGGUGCACCUGGGAAAGACACCAACAGUUGGGCAGGAGCCAUUAUGGCUAAAUGAUCAAGAGGGUGCAGAAAAACGUGUUGUUAGGUCGGGAGCUGGUUGCAGAGAAAGCGAGCCCAGCUGGGCCCAGCACUCCGCUCCCAUCUACUAAGUCCUCACUUGAUCAUUCUCCCACACUCCCAUUAGUUGAGGACUGUAGGCAAACGAAUGCUAGGUAUGUGUUUAUCAGCAGUCCUUCACAGUGACAACUCUUGUCAGGCCAGAAAUAAGGCUGGUACUGAGCAACAAACCGUGGGAGUGGUCUCCCACAAGAUAACAACUUUUGAGCGGAAAGAAACAAAAAUCCUCCCAAUCCAAGAAUGUUUAUAAUAAACUAUCUCCAGUUCUUGACACAUACACGUUAUUGCUAUAGGCCACUAUUUUACAAUCACAUGUCCUUAGUUUCCCAAACUAGCCCUUUACAUUUGACCGCUAAUAUGGUAUUGUAGUUGUGAAAGAAGGAAUUUGUAUUACCACUUGGGCUUUAUUAGUAUUUUACAUUUUAACUCAUCACUUUCAGUAUUUUAUAAAUUGUAUUUGUGAAAGAGGGAAUUUAUAGCAUCACUCUGGUUUUAUCAAUGUGCUGCAUUUUAAUUGUCUGCUUUCAGUAUUUUUGUAAAUGUGACUAUUUUUUUAAUUAGUUUAGCACAUGUGCAGCCCCCCACCCCAUCAUUCACACCCUCUAUAGUAUUGGUUUUGUCUGUAUCACCUCUGACGCUAUCUGUAAAGAUGUUCUCCAUUUAAUAGCAGUCUGUACUGACUUGCUUGCUGCUCAGUGACCUUCCUGCUUGUGGUGUGGCAAACCACUUCUUGUUUACUGGGUUCAUACUUUAAUAUUGUCUCAGUGCAUUACUAGUUUACAGCUUGGCUUGGCCCAUCUAGUUUUUAUCCACAUUUCAUUUUUAUAGGUUCUGGUACUCCCUUUGCUUUAAAUAAGGGUAGCUUUUAGAGCGCAAUUUGUUUGAAACAUGAUAUGAAUGCUGUGUAGUGGCUCUAAGGCAGUGACCUAUUAACAAGAAUCUUUGUGAGUAUCCUUCAAGCACAGCUCUAUAAUACUACUUUUCAUUAUCGUUUUGUUCUUUGCACCAUUGUUAAGGAUUCCUUGUAAAAGAAUUUUUUCUUAUUAUGUGUACCGAUCAUCUGAGGAUGUGUCUUCUAGUGGCGCAAAACCAUCCAUAACUUUUUAUUAAAAGUAUUAUACAGCCAAUGUGAAUUAUUUCUUUGAAAAUGUGGAAGUUUGGCUGUGGUUGCCUGCAGUUUAAAAUAACAAGUUUCAGUUUCGUUGUUACAAUUUCUUUGGGAUUUAGUUAGUGAUUUAGUGAAAGGAUACCACAAAGCAGUAUCCAUUAUCACUGCACAGUUUAGCUAAUUGAUGCCAUUUUUGUGUCUCUUUUGUUUCAAAUAGUGGCUGAAUAUAAUUCAUCCCCGUAAGUGUAUUAGAGAUUCAUCGAUACUUUGUAUUUUGGCAGGAUCAUAAUAUUUAUUUCAUAAAAGUUUUGUUCAGUUCAUUGAUGAUGAAUUGAAAUUUUGUAAGAUGAUCCAUAGCAGGAGUGGCCAAGCUGUGACCCGCGGGACACUAAUUUUUGUCCCAUGGAUAUGUUUCAAAUGAAAGAAAAAUUUCACAUCAAACCUCCAAAAGAGCAUUCCAUCAAGUAUCUUUCAUACAAUAUCCAAUUACAAUAGGAAUAUCUCAGUUCAUUGGUUCAGCUAUCAUUAAAUUUUCGUCUAUACUCCUGUAUGAAAAAAAUCACUGUAUUGGAUUUAUUUUGAAAAGCCCGCGUGCCAUCUUGAAGAAAAUACAGUUUGCCUUGGCAAUAUGCAACCAACAAUCAGCAGGAGUAUGGACUGCGCAACCGGAUACAUUUGUUGCACUGCGUGAGUGAGACGAGUGGCAGGCAUAUACAAUAUAUUCCUUAUUUAAUUUUACUGCAAUCUCAAAAAACUACCGGCCAUAAAGUUACAGCCCUUCAUGUGUGUAUGUGGUGCACAUUUGAUCGCAAUAGACCUAUAUCAUCACUUCAGCAAAGUAAAGCCAGCUUUUAUCAUUUUACAAUUAAUCUGUGAUGUUGUCUUUAAUUUUAGUAGGCUUGCAUUUAUUUUAUGUAUUCAGUUAUGGUGAGUAGGUACACCAAUCGACAUUAGCAAUGAUUUCUGCCUCCGUACCUUCUUUUAAUUUUAGUAGGACAAAAUAAAAUAAAAGUGCAACUUCAUCCAUC